GGUCUUCAAAAUUCAUAGUCAAGCAUGGGAGUAUCUUCCUACCUCCUUCCUUCCUGUAGGAACAAAUAACAAUUUCCUUUUAAUUUGAUUUUGAUCGUCAGAAAAGAUAUUUUCAUUUGAGCUAUUUGUUGCAUUAGUUUUGAGAUGGGUUAUCUUGACAUGAAGAUAGAAAUAGAGAGGGGAUUGCAAUGGAAAGGCCGAAACAAGAGGAUUGAAAGUUUAAUGUCCAGGUCAGUCACCACCAACAAUGAAUCCAGUGGUCCAAGUGAUCACAGUUUAGGAUUCAAGUUGAAACAGCCAAUGCAUUCUUGUGUUAUUGUUGAAGAUCGUGGGGAAUAUCAAAGCAUGGACCUUGAAUUGUACUGGGCUGCGACAAAAAACAAUGUCGAUGCGUUCAUUGAUGUAUUAGAACAUGUUUCACGAAAGAAGGAACAAUCAUUGUCAACUAUUAUUUUUGAUCAGGUAAGUCCCAUGGGAAAUACAUUGCUUCAUAUUGCCGCAAGCUUUGGAAAUGAAGAGACUGUGGGGCUGAUAGCUUACCAUUUUCCGCCACUCAUCAAGAAAAGAAAUUCUGAAGGAGAUACCGCAUUGCAUGUUGCUGCAAGAGCUGGACAUGAAUUAACUGUCACAAUUCUCGUUCAACUUAGAAAAGAUUUUGUGGAUUCAACUUUGUGUUCUGAAAAUGGUGGAAAAAUUCAGAGAGAUGUUGAUUGGGGUAAUCUGCUUUUGAGGGUAAAGAAUGAAAAGGGCAACAUAGCAUUACACGAGGCCUUGAUGAACGGUCACCAAGUUGUAGCUUAUUAUUUGAUCGCGGUAGAUCCAGAAGUGUUAUAUUAUCUGAACAAUGAAGGCAAAUCAGCUCUGUUUCUGGCCGCUGAAGCUGGGUAUUUGGAAUUUGUCAUGCAUAUUCUGUGUGAUACAGUUGGGAUUGAAAAUACAAAUGAAAGGCUUAAAGGGAAAUCACCUAUUCAUGCUGCCAUUUUAAAAAGAAACCGAGGUGUUUUAGAAGCCUUAUUGAAAUCAGAACCAAGGUUCGUUCAAUUAGGAGAUGAAGAAGGAAGGACUCCACUUCAUUUGGCUGCAUCAUUAGGUUAUCUUGAAGAGGUUCAGUAUUUGUUAGGAAGACAGAGUUCAGGUGCUGUUGCAAGGGACAACAAUGGCUUAUUUCCUAUUCAUUUGGCAUCAAUUAAAGGCCACGUUGAUGUUGUCCAGGCGUUGCUUCAGUAUUGGCCUGAUUCGAGGGAACUGCUCAACUGUCAUGGUCAGAAUAUUCUUCAUGUUGCUGCCAAGAGUGGAGGACAUAACAUGGUUAGCUACAUUCUCCAAACUCCUGAGCUCGAGAAGCUUAUAAACAUGAGCGAUAAGCAUGGAAAUACACCCUUGCAUUUGGCCACCAUGGAUUGGCACCCAAAGAUUGUUAAUACCCUAACAUGGGAUGAAAGAGUGGACUUAAAAUUAGUGAAUAACGAGGGUAUGACUGCUCUUGAUUCUGCUGAAUACCAUAUGGAAAGAAUGCCCUCAUUUCGAAAGCGGUUAACAUGGACUGCGUUGAAGGCCGCUGGUGCACCACGAGCUUACUGUAGAAAAGCCCUCAAUGCUAAAAAGAAACAAGCAUCUAUGCAGUUAGAGCAGUGGAACAUAGAUAGCUAUAAGGACCGAGUCAACACUCUUCUGUUGGUGUCCACCCUCGUUGCCACUGUGACUUUUGCAGCCGGUUUCACAAUACCCGGUGGCUACAACAACUCUGACCCUGACCAAGGCGUGGCAACUAUGCUAAAACAAAACUGGUUCCACAUGUUCAUUUUCUGUGACACCAUAGCCAUGUAUAGCUCUAUAAUUAUUGCUGUUACCCUCAUAUGGGCACAAUUAGGGGACCUCAAUUUGGUCCUUACUGCCUUCAGAUUGGCACUGCCACUUCUGGGAAUCUCUCUCACCAUGAUGUCUUUAUCAUUCGUUUCUGGAGUGUAUGUUGUGGUGAGCAAUCUCAAUUGGCUCACCAACGCUGUUCUAAUCAUGGGCUUGGUUUUUCUUACCAUUCUGAUAGCUCUCUUCAUUCCACUAUGCAUCCCAGUUUCGUCAAAUUACCCCAUUUUACGCUACAUUUUCUACUAUCCAUUUCAUUUGCUGAUAUUUGUAACCAGAAGUUACACUCAAGAUGAUUUGGUAGAGUAUAAGUCACUUUGGUGGAUGUUAUGAUAUUUAUAUUACAGUUUGUAACUCUCUCUAUUAUGGAUCUUUAUUUACUAUGGCAAAUUUUUGUAUUACUACACAUUUAUUAUGUUUACAGUUAUGGGUUGGCCUACAGUCAUAUGAAACAUAGGAAGGUUUUCUUUUACUGUUGUACUUGUAAUC